UUCGUUACAUAACUAAACUCUUGCUUUGAGGAUGGCCACUCCUUGACCAUCCAUGUGAAACGAUGAAAUUAAUUUUGUACAAUUCAACUGAAAUGAAUUUUAAAAACAAUUGAAGUAGAAGUGUAUCACGGCGGCCCUCACAGUAAUCUAUUUUUCCUCCUCCACUGCAUUCCAUUCCAUUCUCCUCAAUUGCUUGCUUUAGGUCUACCAUGGCUGCUCUUCUCUUGUUAGUUUUAUUGCUAUCCAUAUUUUUAAUCUCCGCUCUUCCUCAUUCUCCCAAUAAUCUCUCUCAUCAUCAUCAACAGCAAGAAGAACUGCUGUUGCGAUUCAAAGCUGCCAUUUCAAUCAAUGGCACUUCUCUGCCCGACUGGUCUCCCCUUCACCACUUCUGCAACUGGUCUGCCAUCACCUGUGAUCCCUCUGCUCACUCUGUCCAUGCCCUCAAUUCAUCCCAUAUGGGUUUAGAUGGCACCAUUUCUCCUGUGCUGGGGAAUCUUUCCUCUCUUCGAUCACUAGAUCUCUCCAACAAUUACCUCACUGGUACCAUUCCACCUCUACUCGGCCAACUCCUGCAUAUACGAAUACUCCGUCUGGGCUACAAUCAAUUACAAGGAACCAUUCCGCCCGCUCUCUACGCUUGCCGCAGUUUGUCUUAUCUGGGAGUCAUCUAUAACCAACUGCAUGGCAGCAUACCGCCUGAGCUGGAUCUUCUCACAAGUUUGAAGUGCCUCUACUUGGGCGCAAACAGUCUCACAGGUUCCAUUCCCAGCUCUUUAACAAAUCUCUCAAAAUUGAUUGACUUGGGUUUAUCUAUAAACCAGAUAAGUGGAACCAUUCCAUGGGAAAUUGGUACCAAGCUCCCCAAUUUGAACUUGCUUAGCUUAUGGCGAAAUCAGCUUACUGGAAACAUACCCAAAUCUUUGGGAAAUUGUUCCAGUCUCACGAUGCUUUUUUUACAUGCAAACCAACUCGGUGGAACGGUUCCAAUGGAGCUGGGUAAGUUGUACCUUCUUACCGACCUUUACCUACACACCAAUCAACUUGUUGGUGAUAGCAAUAACACACUGGCCUUUAUCACUGCUCUCACAAAUUGCUCCCACUUGCAAGUAAUAGAAAUAGGAAGCAAUCAUUUCAUUGGUAUAUUGCCUCCAUCCAUAGGCCAACUGUCUUCCAAUCUCUAUCAUUUGAGUUUAGUAGCCAACAUGAUAAGCGGAAGCAUACCACAGCAGAUUGCCAUUCUGACAAACUUAACCUACUUAAAUUUAGGCAAUAAUCUUUUCAACGGCAAUAUUCCAUCUGGAAUUAAAAGAUUAUAUAAGUUGGAAAGAUUGCGGUUGGAUGAGAACAAAUUAGAAGGAAGCAUUCCAAAUGAGAUAGGUCAAAUGCAAUAUCUCGGACUCUUAAAUUUUAGUCACAACCAGUUAUCCGGAAAAAUACCAGAUUCUCUUUGUCACUCCCAGCAGCUAAGACGCGUUUUUCUUCAGCACAAGAAGUUAUCCGGGGAGAUCCCUGCUAGUUUGGAGGGAUGUCAGAAGUUGGAGCUUCUUGACUUAUCUUACAAUAAACUAGGGGGUAGGAUACCUCGUGAAGUCAUUGCCAGCCUUGAAAACCUGCAAUUCUACCUCAAUCUUUCAUGGAAUUCUUUGGAAGGGUUCUUGCCACAGGAGAUCAGUAAAAUUGUAAUGGCUCAAGCCAUAGAUAUCUGUGGAAAUCAACUAACUGGGGUCAUUCCAAAAUCUUUAGGAGAGUGCACGGCUUUGGAGUAUCUAAAUCUGUCGCACAAUGCCUUUGAAGGUCCAAUACCAAAUUCACUUUCUAAAUUACGAAAUCUCCAAGAAAUGGAUCUUUCUUUCAAUAAUUUGUCAGGGCAGAUUUCAGCAAGAGGGUUGUUUUCAAAUAGAACUGUUGGAAUAUUGUUAAUGGGGAACCCUGGCCUCUGUGGGCCAAAUAAUUAUUCAUUGCCUCCCUGCCCAAAUCUGACCCAGCAAAAACAUUCACUGAUAAAAAAAAUAGUCUUAGCAAUUGUUGGAAUCAUUGCAUUUGUAUUAUCAUUAUGCUGCUUCAUUAUAGGAAUUCUACGGAAGCAUAAACUUUCAAGCCAACUAGUUCGUCCCUCAAGCUUUAUUUUUCAAAGACUCGGCUAUCCGAAAUUUUCUUAUCAAGAUCUUGUCAUUGCAAUAUCUGGAUUUGAUGAGUCAAAGUUGCACGGAGUGGGUUAUUUUGGAUCUGUUUACAUAGGCAUCUUGAGGGAUGGUAAGAUAAUUGCCAUCAAGACUCUUAAUUUGCACAAUGAAGAAGCUCUUAAGAGUUUUAGUAGAGAGUGCAAAUUGUUAGGGAGGAUUCGGCACCGCAACCUCAUCAGAAUCAUAAGUGCAUUUUUCUACCAUGACUUAAAAGGUUUGAUUCUUGAAUUUGCAUGUAAUGGGAGCUUGGAAAGACAUAUGUACCCUGACAGGGAUGGUGAAGGCUUCUGUAAAUUGGGAUUGCGUGAGUGUUUGAGAAUUACUGUAGAUGUAGCCCAUGGCAUGGAAUACUUACAUCAUGAUUGUCCUCUACAAAUAGUGCACUGUGAUUCAAAACCUAGCAAUGUGCUCUUGGAUGCCAACAUGAUAGCCCUUGUCAGUGAUUUUGGUAUAUCUCGUUUGACUACUACAAACUCCAUAGAUUCACUGAGUACAACGACAUUUGCACUCAAAGGAUCUAUCGGAUAUAUUGCUCCAGAGAUGGUUACAAGAAAAAGGCCAAGUGAUGACAUGUUUGUUGGAGACAUGAGCUUGCAAAAGUGGGCGAGGUCAGCUUUUCCAGACAGACUGGCAGAAAUUGUUGAUAGCGAGCUAUGGAGAGAUGUGAAUGAAAACAUGGAAGACAAUAAAUGUCUUAUUUCUUUCAUUAAUGUUGGUUUGCUUUGUAGUAUUGAAUCACGAAGAGAAAGGCCUUCCAUGAGAGAUGUAGGCAAUGUCUUGGAGAGCCUAAAGACAUCUUUGUUGGGAGGUGCAGGUGCUUCCAAUUUAAGAGCCACCAUAUCAGAACUGCUGGAGAAUACCAAUCCCACAGGAACAGAAACAUUGGCAUCUGACGGUCAAAGUUCUACAUUUUAGAUGUUUAUAAUUUCCAUUAAGAAGUUUUAGUCCUUUAUGUUUGACAGUUACAGACUUGUCUAAGUUCCUGUCAAUUCCACCUAUCUAUCCUGUAAAUUCUCGAAUCCUUUAACAUAUUUUUUCCUUAAAUUGUAGUUC